GUCACUACGAACCUAAACAACAAUAUCACCGGCUGCCAUGUUGUGUAUUGGUUCGUCUGGAAUUCCAAUCAAUCCUUACCACUGAAUAUUAAGUAUCGAUCUGUGACGCACGUGCCUGGUGUUACGUCACAGCACGAGCACUGCUUCAAGAUGUGUCUCGAGUUUCUGCGUAUGUCCGAAACCCAGAGCUCGCGGACUGGAGGGAAACAAAAACAGUCUGGAGGUCUUCUCCAAAUCCUCCGGACUGGAUUCCGUAACAAGAAGAAGCAGAUGGGGAUUGUACUUGGUUUAUUUAAUCCGGAACUGUCUGAAUUCCAGAAAAAGAAAUUAAUACACGAGUUCCAUGUAUUUUUCGAUCUGAACAAAGAUGGAAACCUGGAAUGGAAGGACAUGGAAAUCGCAAGACAGAAAAUAUGUGAUUGGAGUGGAUGGAAACCAGGUUCAGAAAAACACACGAAAACCCACGAGUUGUUCCGGACAAUAUGGCGGCGUCUUCAGGACGAGGGUGACGAAAACAAUGAUGGCAAAAUCACCAUAGGAGAAUGGAUCCGGAUGUGGACAACAUUUAACGAGCAGUGUAUCAAGGAUUCUAAGAAAAACGAUGCCCUUCCGGCAGACCGAAAGUUACCAGAUUGGCUGGAGUCGUAUGUUGAGUACAAAUUUAAUCUCUACGAUAGAACUGGUGAUGGCAAGAUAGAUGCAGAGGAGUUCGAAUAUGUUUUAGCUGACUUCGGAAUCCCCGCUAAAGAUGCCAGAAAAGCCUUCCUACUAUUUUCAGGUAAUAACACGAGGAAAGUUGAUUUGCCUUACUUCCGGGAGCUAUGUACGGACUACUACCGGUCCGACGAUCCUGGAGCACUCGGAAACUUCAUCACCGGAAAACUCGAAUUUAGCACGUGAUCUUGGGAUGUCCGCCAUUUUGUCAUGACGCGAUCCUUAAGAUAAGAUUGGAUAUGCGCUGCACCAACGAGAGUUUGAUGUAUGACGGGCGGCCAUCGUUUGUCCAGCGUUGGACUUGGACCAACAGUCCCAGGAGGGAUUUGUCAAAAUGAAAAUGGAGAGUUGAGCAGUACAACUUCACGAUCUAUGGAGUCCCUGGUUGUAACUAUCAAGCUGACAAUUCCUAUAGUGCAAUCUCAGACCUAUUUUAAUUUUUAUUUUAUUGCAUACAAACAAACAGACACUUUCAGCUUCCAAUACGCAAUGUCGGUAUAGCUAGACUACGCAUGACGUCACAGGUCCGAAUGACGUCACAACAUGUAUGACGAGAUAGGGACGAUGUAUAAAAAAUGUGUUUACAGAUUGAUAUUCAAAUUCAUAGGAAUAUAUAUAUAUAUAUAUACAUAACUAGUGCAAUUUUUCUUUGUUUAUAUGUAUCCCGAUAUUUUUUCACCUUUCGGACAAAGGAGGUAGUUCUAAGCUCGCAAUGUACAUGUACAAGUUUGUUCACACAUUGCGUAAGCACGGGGUAUGGAGUUACUUGGUUUGUGUGGAUAACUUUUCAUUUUUCAAUAUUAUCAUUUCUAAUAAUGUAUGACGCCGAUUAUAUGUUUUGAUCAAUAAAUUAACUAACUUUUUCUU